UUCUCUGGGUGUUUUUGAUUCAUUAAAGCCAAUUGCACCAAAAAUAAUGAGUUCCUACAGUUUAAUCAAAUACAACGGCCAGAUUCAUCGAACCCGACAAUAUCAGAUGACAACAACACAGAGUCUACCCAGGGUGAAGGUCCAAGGGUCAAUUAGCGAUGGAGUUUUCCAAAUUGUUUAUGACAUCAGUUUAGCUGGCACUGUAUUGUUGUUUUUAUUUUUACUUCUUUCAUUUGGAUACAACGACAACCGCGAUUUUUAUCUAAUGUCCAAGUUCCCUACUCAAACAAAAUCUAAGAAGCUGGUAUUUCAUGUCAGGAACACUAUUAAAUAUGUUACUCAACAAAUACAAACUAUGGAUUUUUUAGAGCAAGCACAAACAUACACCUACCAGUUAGGUACUGUUAAAAUGUGCUCCAACAUUCACUAUUUACUUAAGUAUAUUACUGUUCAACCAUAG